CCUCGACACCGUCUAACUACUUCUUGUCUACUUCUUCUCUGCUUCUUCUCUCCGCCAACAACAACACACACGUAAACAACAACUCCCCAUCCCCAACACGCCUCUGCGCGCUGUUCAUUUCUUGCCUUCUCCUCCCCUCUCCUCUCCUCUUCUCUUCUUUUCUCUUUUUGGAGAACGUCCCUUAAGCUCUUCUGCUGUUCACCCCCGCUUUUCCUCUUCUGUGAACUAGAACUAUGUGAAGUGCAUCUCUAUAUUCUGUCUUAACUGAUACUGAAAACUGCAACUUGCAAACUGAGUUCUAUAUUUGAUUCAUUUAUAUCUCUACUGAGACAUACAUACACACACACACGCACACACACAUAUACAUAUACAUAUGCACACACACUCGCGCACACACACACAUAAUGAGAAUUAAAUCUCUCUGGUGAAACUCUUUGCAGUGAUUCUUCAGUUUCAGUUGAACAAUCAUAAUAUUCAACAAAAGUGACACAGUUUAUGAUCAAACAAACUCUCCUCUGGUCUAGGCUACUGCUGUGAUGACUGACCCAUCUCUGCCGGACGGCAACAAACAAGAGAACCCAUCCAACCGAUCAACAAGUAUGGAUCAACAGGAAGCUCAUUCUAACCCGGAUCGGGGUUCGUUGCCGGGUGAAGUCCAAGGUGAAAUGGCAGCUUUCUCACCAGAUGGUGACUCCGGAAGUUUGGACGGCCCUGUUUCCUUAUCUAGCCUACCUCAUAGCUUGAAUUCCCCUCUCAGACCGACGGACCACGACACUCACGAAGUUUCCUAUAGCUUAGAUCAAGCGUUGUCCUCUCCUUUUGCCCCCCAGCAAGGGCCCCAACAAGCCACUUCUGAUUCCCAAACUUCAGGUUCUCAGCCGGAUCAGCUUUCUACUUCUAGCCAAACACCCCCUCUAUUAGAUUCAUUUUCUCCGCCUGCUGGCAUCGAAAAUGAGACUGCAGAUGAUAUAUUUCCUGUUUCUAGCGUUACUAAUGCUGCGGGUCAACCGAUUUUCAGUUUGCAAAUUGGCACGGCAUCCUUCUUCACAGAGGAAGGCGACUCGAUGGUCUCUGCUUCCAUUACUCAUCUCACCAACGGGAGUACCGGCCCAAUAUACCCAGAAGACUUUCCUCACGCUUUAGAAAGCACUGAUGAUGAUGAAAUGGAUUCCCUCAGCGGCGACCAAGACUUGCAUUAUGAUUACGGUUAUUAUGACGACGAGGAGAACCCGGCUUUCCGCAGUAACCUCAUUGAGGAGUCUGAACUAUCCCGUUUCUCCGAUGACAGAUUGCCCGGGGUGUCUUCUGCUUUGGGCAGCACAGGAAGUGUGUACGAUGACUCUUGUUCGGAAAACGAUACCGAGAAAUUUUACAUAACCGACGAUGAAUUAUCCUGGUGUGAUCCUACUGAAUACAACAACACACGGUCUCCCCUUGGCAACGAUUUACACGAUAGCGGAUCUCAUCAAGACCAGCUUCCAACCUUUGCUACCGGUGGACAUUCUCAACCUCUAUCGUUUACGACCUUCGACAAUAUUAACGGCUCAAAUUUUACCUUUAAUCCUGAGGUGGAUGAUGACGAUAACCUCGAUUUAGGAGCGUUUACACAACCAGAAACUUUCGAAAAGAACCUUUCAAUCGAUAUGUUCAUUAAGCAAUGGCUUAUUCGAUCCAAAAUACCGCCCCAGCAGCUUGCACUGAAGGAUCGACCUCAUGUUCCAAUAUCGGAUGCAGCUGCGAACGCCUCGUAUUGGCCACGACCCCAAAGGAUAACGCGCCCCGAAAACCACCAAUUCAAGGCCUACGAUAUUCAGAAAAUUCCUUGGCAGAAAAAGAUGAAUGUCCGGAGGUCGGAUGCCAGGAUCCUUCGCGAUAGCUGGUACAAGGGUUACCGGAAUUUGGUGUUCGAUCCACAUGGGUAUUCGAAGCGGCUACCACAGACAGAGGAAUUCUUCAAGGCAAAAACCAUGUAUACCAAAUAUAAAGCGUCAAUGUCGCAUUUUCAGCUGCGUAAUCUUAUGUCCGUGACAUCGUCGAAUACGGUGCAAUAUGCCCAUCGGUCAAAGAUUUACUCUGUAACCCCGUUUCACAAACAAAAGAAUUGCCUAAUUGAUCUCUCUCAUACUUCCAAGUCCGCGACUUUCUUUGAGCCAGUGAGAAUUUCGAUUAUGAAAGCCAAGCACGGCGUAACUAUAGUUGGGGGGUUCUGUGGCGAAUAUGCGAUGAGAGGCGACGUGACUGAUCACAGUACUGUGGAUGGUUAUAUCACUAAAAGCCAGAACGGAAUCACAAAUCAUAUCGAUAUUGCUAAGCAUCGAACGAGUCGUAGCCCUCAGGCAAUUAUCGCGUCGAAUGAUCAAUAUCUUCGAGUCCUCGACUGUGAGACCAACAAAGUUGUCCAGCGCCACAAGUUUGCUCGGGCAAUUAACUGCACCGACACAUCACUAGAUGGCCGAUUGCGUGUUAUAGUCGGCGAUGCGAGGGAGGCGUGGAUAAUCGAUAGCGAAUGUGGGAAACCGGUUCAACCACUAUCCGGCCAUCAAGAUUUUGGAUUCGCAUGCGCUUGGUCACCUGAUAUGCUUCACGUUGCAACUAGUAAUCAGGAUGGAACAGUCAACAUCUGGGAUGCUCGUAUGUGGCGAAUACUUCAAUUCAUUGAGUCUGAUGUAGCGGGGUACCGGUCGUUGCGAUAUUCUCCUGUCGGAGGUGGCCCACGCACUCUUCUCAUGUGCGAACCAGCCGACCGCAUCGCAAUAGUCAACGCGCAAACAUACCAAACUCGUCAAGUACAUGAUUUCUUUGGCGAAAUUGGCGGAGCUGACUACACUCCUGAUGGCGGCCGGAUCUGGGUCGCUAAUAUGGAUUAUGCAUUUGGCGGAUUGAUGGAAUUCGAUCGAUGCCAGUGGGGUCAGGAGUUUGGCAUCGGGCGAACGAGGAAGCGACAUAUAGAGGAGCGCCUUGAUACUUACUACCCCGAUUUGCCUAACGAAUGGCUUCCCGAAGCGGAUUUGGAUGACGACGAAAGAUGUGUGCUCGGACCUGGAGAGAGAAAGUUACGCUACAGGCGCUUGAUGAGCAACCGAGAACAUGCCGACCUCCUUCGCCUAUGAUUACACAGCCUUUUCUAAAGCAUGUUUCUUUGCAUAGUUUUGCGUGCUUUCUUCCCCAUUGAUCGUGGUAUUCAUUCAUUCAUUUCUUGCUUAUUGCCUGUAUAGCCCCGCUUGUAGUGCGUUGCAGGCGCGCGAUCCUUUCCCCCCUUCUCUUUUCUUUCCCUUCCUCGCGAGUACAUUGACAGAAUUGCCUUUUAUUCCUGGAUCACUACUCUUUUUUGCUCUACUCCGGUCUCAUAGGGUUCAUCUAUUGGAGUAAUUCAGGCUUGGUAAUCAUCACCAAUUUCCUGCAUUGCCUUUAAAAUUUCUCCUUUUCUCCCCACUUUUUUUCUGUUUUCCUGCCUUCACUUUUUUUCACGCAUAUGGUGUUAUGUUGGAGUAAAACCCCGGUUUGGGAAAAUUAUGAUUGGCAUUUUUUAUUUUCAAUCUAUUUGUGCAUUUGUAUUUCCUCCUCCUUGUUGUUUCUUAUUUCGAGUUAAUUGGUUGAGGUGGCCACCGGACCCUGUUCCAGGCGUAUGGUGGUGACUCGAGAUACCUGGAAACUGAUUUCUUUCUUUUCUUUUCUUUUCUUUUUUGUUUUUGUCUUCCUGGACUGUUAAGAGAGAUGGAUAAAUAAAAAAGGCGCAGGCCAAGAUUACGGCGAAUUGGUGUAUGGAAAAAGGCAUGGUUGGGAAUACUGGGUAUGGAUUUGGGAAUUUUGUUUGAGUAAUUAACAAAGCACAUUCCCUUCCUCUUUGCUUUUUUUUUUUACUUUUUGCUUUUUGUUUUUGACGUUAAUUCUCAUGCUGUCGCUUCUUUGCUUUAUUUUCUUUCCUUUUUAUUUGUCUAUCUCCUUUCUUCUUUCAAACGUCUUUUGCAAUUUAUUUUAUCCGCAUAUGGUUCCUACAUUUUUUCCCCUUUCUCUCUGAAGCAGGGCGUUAUUGUGAGUGCAAAUGAGAGACCAAGUUAGUAAUUGGGCAGUUGGGAAAGAUGGUUUAAUACGGUUUUAAGAGCAGUUUCAUGAUAGCAGGAGUGAUGGCAUGGGCGUGAUCUGCGUUGAUGUUUGUUUUGCUAGCUUUUGAAAACUUAGUUAAAAUCAAACAUCUUGUUUCAUUAACUGAGUAUCUGAGGACUGAGAAUGGCUGAUGCAAUCCCCCCUCCCCUUCCCCUUCUUUUUCAGCGGAUGAGGAGUUUAUCGUAAAUGG